UGUUUUUCCCCGCGAGCUAUAUUUAUUGAUAUAUCUUGUACGGAUUUCCUGAUUGGUUCAACUCUGUUAUUAUGGUAAUAAGUCGUUACUAAACGUCACUAGCCGCCGCCGUCAAGUCAAGCUCGCUUUCCUUUGAGGCUUAAAAUCUUGAGAAAUUUUGCCUUUAAACUUGUUUGAAAUGUUGCAAUUUGAUAACAAUUAGAAGUGGUAUUAAUGUCAAAGGAUUGCUUCACCGGUACGUUUUUGGAGAGUGUUAAAAAUCCGCGUAGUAGACGUGUUUUGUGUUGUUAAAGACGGCAGCAUAUUGUCCGCGUUUGGGAUAGACAGCCUUUGUUUCUUGUGUCAUCUCACGUUGAGCUAAAGAAAGUUGGGGAUUAUUUCACUUAAUAACUUCCUGUACGACGAAAUAUUUCAAGAAUGAUGGUUUAAGAUAGUACUGGAGAGUCUUCAAGAACGCUGACUUUGAAAUAUGAAUGUUUUCUAAAUGCAAAGGACACAUGAAGGAUUACCCUUAUGUCAGGGAAGAUUGUGCAAGAAUUUUACGGGGAAGAGUAUAGCUCUGAAGGUAUGCCAUCAUAAGGACUGUCAAAGUUCAAACAAUGGACAGCCUCUUUUACUCUGCCAAGAUUGUGAUAGAGUGACCCAUGCUGGAGUAUCAAAGACUCAUGCACGUUUUGAGAUAAAAGGAAAUGAAGGCUUUGAAAAAAUGUCCUCAAGUAAAAUAGCAGAAUCGGAUUCUGGUGCGGAAGAUGACAUUGCUCCUGUAUAUACAGAAAAAUCAAAAAGCAAAGCUCACUCAAGUAGAAGAAAGUUCAUGAAGCUCACAACAGAUAAUUCAAAAAAGAAACCUAGAAGACACAACACAGAUGAUCCUGCAAGAGAGGUUAUCAGUAUAAAGAUUUACACAGGAUCAAAUGGAGAUUCCAGUCUCGAGUUGAUCCCUGCAUUGAAAGGAAAAACACUAAAGGAUUCACUGGAACCAAUCCUAGAGAAAUACAAUAUUACUUUUGAAAGUCAUUCCUUGUUUUUGGACACAUCCAACACUCCACUUCCUCUAGCAUUUGAAACAUUUCCCUUGAGUGGGAGUAUACUUCAUUUUCGAGAUCAUUCCAAUGUGGAUAAAAGAGUCAAAGAUCUGUCGAAGAACUUUGAAUCACGAGGACAACCUGAGCAUCCCAUAUCAAGAACACCAUCUUUUGGUAAGAAGAAAGAAGAACAAGAUGAGAGGGAAGGUGAAGAAAAGAAACCUGGCAAAAAGUCUGGUGCAUCAACACCAGUUGACAAUGACAUUUCACCAUCUGGCAACAUUAGUUCAAGUAAUUCUCAGAAAGGAAAACCAUCUGGGAUUCUCACUGGUUUAUUUACUGGAAAUCCCACUAGUCUUAUGAAAGGAAAGGAGUUGAUGACCGAGAGAUCUCUUCCAGAGAUCUUACAAUAUUUCACAGUUUAUGGAUUGGAAAAUGAUUCGAGAACAAGCGCUUCAAACGAGCAACAGUUCUAUCUUGAGGAAUCAUGGACACACGUCGUAAAAAACCAUGAGGAGUUCAGCAAGAGUGUUCGUGAUCAGCAAGAAGCAAUCUGGGAACUUCUCGCAACGGAAGUCGCUUAUAUCAGUAAACUUCAAGUUAUAAAAAAGAUAUUCAUCUUGUGUCUACGGAAUAUUCAAAGUGAAGGUUACCUUACUGAGAUUGAUCUCACAAACUUAUUCAGUAACAUUGAAGAGAUUUAUGCUGUGAACGUCUCUUUCUGGCUCAGUACUUUAAAACCAGUUAUGAACAUGGCAAGGCGCAAUAAUAAGUUGUUAGAUUCAUUCUACAUGUCAGACGGCUUUUCAACGUUUGAUAGUCAAUUUGAGCCGUAUCUCAAGUACUGUAUGGAGGAGUCUAAUUGUACGAAAUACUUUAAACAAAAAAGAUCAGAAGACGAACUUUUUAAAUUAUAUGUUGAGUGGUGUGAAGGUCGUCCUGAAUGCAAGAGACUAAAGUUAAGUGAUCUUCUUGUGAAACCCAUGCAAAGAUUGACAAAAUAUCCAUUGUUGUUGAAAGCGAUUUUGAAGAAAACUGUGGAUGAAGAGAAAAGGAAUGAAAUCACGUCAAUGACCUCAACAGUGCAGAAGUUUGUUAGUAAAGUUGAUGGGUGUAUGAAAAUACGUCAUGAGAAAGAAAACCUCAAUAAAGCAGCGGUAAAAAUCGAAAGCUACUGGCCCGUAGAUCCCGUCAGUGAUGAAGUUGAAAAGCUGCUUAUUGACAACUAUUGUGACUUUGAUCUUUCUCGAGCAAUGCCUGGUGCUUGCGAAGAACAGCAUCGAUGUCUUAUGUAUAAUGGUGCACUUCGUCUCAACGAAAAACAAGGAAGGAUGGAUAUACACGUUUUUCUCUUUACUGAUAUGUUAUUGUUAACCAAAGCCAAGAAAACAGACAAAUUCAAAAUUGUAAAACCGCCUCUUCGCAUUGACAGGGUAAAAGUUCAUGUUCUCAAAGAUCCAGGAACAUUUUUGUUGGUUUAUUUAAAUGAAUAUCGUGUAGUGGUAUCAGCCUUUGUGUUACAAGCUGCCACUCCAGUCAUACAAUCAAAAUGGAUUGAAAUGAUUGAUAAAGCAAAGAACCUAUAUCGUGCUGUCCUGAAAAGUGACGGAAGUAAAUGUUUAACUGCUGACGACGCUAUCGUCCAGUCCCCUGAGGCUACGCCAAUUCAAUCACCGACUUUGAAACCAAAACGCAGGAAGAAUUCCGGCGAAUUUUUGGACGUUCCAGCGUUGUCAUCAUCACCCCAGUUACGACGUCAUUUGUCGGGCUCUGACGGAAAUCUUGCAGUCGCCGGGCUUUCGGAGAGUUCUCGGGGAACUGUCGUUCGUAGAGCAUCGUGUAACGAACGUAAAACGAAAUCAAAGCAAGACAACUUGUAUCGCAGACCUAGGGCAGAUAGUAAGGUAACACGAUCAACAUCUGACCCGCAUAAUAAACCUACCCGCGAGGAUGUUCUUCACUCAGGCAGAUUAUCACGAUCGUCAUCAGCUAAACAGGCAAACAUGAUUUCUGAUGGUGAACUGCAAAUGUUGACUGAGUCAUCGGUAGACCUCGAAAGUCCGCGAUCAACAACAAGUGCUUCUGAAUUGGAAAGUGUUGAUAUGGACCAAAUACUAAUGUCUUUGUCACCUGAGAGCGAGGUUUCUCCUCAUCAUAUUGAUGAUAUGUCUAAAGACAAACAUUCCGUUAGAGAUGAGAGAGAAGCUGAAAAAUUGAAACUUUUACUGGCUCAAAAGCUAAGCAAGCCUGCCAAAGACGACGAGACUUCGCCUCGCGAGGGCUCAAAACGUAGCACGCGAGGUCACGGAGAACGAAAGCGUGUUCCGCGAAGUUCGUCCGUGGAACGCGGAAGAAAACUGGGUGAGCGCAAACUUGCUAUAGACGCUGGACAUGCAGAAACUGCGGGAAUGAUCUCAGAAAAAGAAGGUCGUAAAACAAAAUUGUCUCGAUCAUCUUCAGGUAGUCGACAAUUACCAGACCCAAGUCAAAUUUCCGGGAAGUCACGAAGUUUGCCGAAGGCUGAAGGAAAUGACAUUAUUGACGGAGCUAACUGCAACGGUGUCGAGAUUCCUGGAAAUGUAUCUAGACUUUCUAAAAACGAGUCUAGUUCUGCAUCACAGGACACAACAGAUCAGUACGAGCAUUUACGAUUUAGUCCUGGUGCUCAGGCCCCACCUAUAAAGGCUCCGUUGAUCACAGGCUUACCUCUGACCAGGAACGGGAGUAACGGUACGGAUAUUUCUCGGAAACGCAAUCAACAUUCAAAGCGUUCGCCUGUGUUAUCUAGGAAAUCUACUGACCUCGUUAGAAACUCUAUGGACGAUCAAUUAUUAGAACCAAAAACAUCGCCACCUCUAAGACGCGCUAAGAGCGAAGCGGAUACACCUUUGGAAAAUUUACGCUCGAAACACAAACAUUCCCGGAACUCAGAUGCCGCGAAAACCACAGAACAUCUACGAAAUUUAGAGGACAAAAAUGUUACAAAUUCUGAAAAUCUUCGAAAUACAGAGGGGAACAAUUCAAAAAGCGCUGAAAGGCACUCUGACAAAAUAAGGUCACGUUCCAGGAAAUUGGAGCACGACACAACAAGAAGACCUAAUCAUGGAGAUGAUGUCGGUUCCAGAAAACUUAAUGAUCUUUUGCAAGAUGCGAAUAUCUCGAAUUCUACGAAUUCGUUAGAGGAUUCUGGUGUUUCAAAUACGGUGGAAAAACCUCGUAGACAGAUGAAGAAAUACCGAGGUCGUGAUCACAGAAAGCUUGUUGAGGCUGAUGGCAAGGUGUCAGAUGUUGAUGGAUGUGUUGUGAAUCAAGUUUUAGAACCGUUAAUGCUGGAGUCUUCAGAGUAUGUUUGAAGAUCCGGAAGCGAAAAGAUAUUGUUUUCUGACUGAGAUAUGGAAACCUGAAUUGCCUCAUUUAAAAAAGCUAAGGUUUAGGACGUUGAGAGUUUGAUCGUGUAUGACUUGUAACUAACAUGUCGAAAUUUAUUAAUAUAUAUUAUGUUCAAACUAUUUAUACUAUAAUGUUAAUUUAUAUCCAUUUAUGACAAAACACAGACAAAACCUAAUAUGUCAGUUGUACUAGUUUUCAUUUUGUGUAAAUAGAGGAUUUUGUAUGAUUGUAUGAUUUUUUGUAAUUAAAUCAAUGAAAAAUA